UGAGGAUUCCUCCUCGCAGACCCUGCUCCCCUUUUCUUAACACACAGAUGAGAUAGAGACUGUGACAUACUCCUAUAUACAUACAUACAUACACACAGACAGCAAAUAUGUUUGAGAUUGAGACACAGGCUGAUCUAUGUCCCAUCGUCUUCCCUGUCUCAAAAAGUCAUGUUUAACCUUCUGUCUGUAGACUACAAACCAAAACACUGUAAACAGUACUUGUAGCAAACAGUAGCAGCUGCUGGUGGGUACUAUUUCUCAAACACCAAAAGGGGUCUAAUACUCUUACUGGUGCUCGCCGGAGAUGAAUAGCGGCGGCGGAAAUGGUGGUGGUAGUGGUGGAGGCGGGACAGGGAUGAUGGCAAUGAGGUCACCGUUUACAGUGUCUCAGUGGCAAGAACUGGAACACCAAGCCCUGAUCUUUAAGUAUAUGAUGGCAGGUUUACCUGUGCCACCUGAUCUUGUACUCCCUAUCCAGAAGAGCUUUGAGUCUAUUUCUCAUAGGUUCUUUCACCACCCCACCAUGGGUUAUUGUUCCUUCUACGGGAAAAAGGUGGAUCCAGAGCCUGGACGAUGCAGGACUGAUGGUAAGAAAUGGCGGUGCUCCAAAGAUGCAUAUCCUGACUCAGAGUAUUGUGAGCGCCACAUGCACCGUGGCCGCAACCGUUCAAGAAAGCCUGUGGAAUCACAAACUAUGACACAGUCAUCUUCCACUGUGUCAUCAUGACUGUCAAGGCAAGCAGCGGUGGACUGGAACUUUCCAGAACUUCAUUGCAUGCCUUUGGCAAUACUCAAGUCACUGGUCUGUCAAUAACCAGUCCCUUUAUAACGUGGAAUCCAUUCCCUUUGGAAUUCCAAGCAAAGAUUAUAGGUAUCUUCAAGGACUUAAACCGGAUGUUGGUGAGCAUAGUUUCUUCUCAGAAGCUUCAGGAAGCAACCGUGGUCUUCAGAUGGACUCUCCACUGGAUAACUCGUGGCCACUGAUGCAAUCCAGAGUUUCCUCAUUCCCUACCUCUAAAUCGGGUGAUACCACCAUUUUGCAGAAUGAUUAUCCUCAGCAUUCAUUUUUCAACAGUGAAUUUGCCUCAGGAGAGCCUGUGAAACAGGAAGGUCAGUCUCUUAGACCUUUCUUUGAUGAGUGGCCUAAAACCCGGGAUUCUUGGUCUGGUCUUGAAGAUGAAAGAUCCAAUCAGACUUCCUUUUCCACAACCCAGCUUUCAAUAUCUAUUCCAAUGGCUUCAUCUGAUUUCUCUGCUACAAGUUCUCAAUCUCCACAUGAUAAUUGAGAGCAUAGUGCUUAGGCGAAUAAUGUCAGAGCUGAACAUCCGAAGAAAGAUGAAUUGUGGCAUUUUGGUGUUGGGGUUGAAGAGUUUGUUGUCUUUUAUUUUCACUGCAUGAAUCUGUUAUUUUCUGCUUCCCUGUAUGUGUAGCACCAGAUUUGUUAGUCCGACUUAGGUAUGAAAUAAAAUGUACUCUAGUAAGUAUCGAGGGAUCCGGUACAUUGUGGUUAUAUUGAAUGGAAGAGCAAGAAUUUUUUCUUGUGGCAUUGAUGAUUGCUUCUCCAUAGUAAA